AUGAUGGAUUCCAGAGAUGAAGUUGUCUUAGCUUUGACAGAUGAUAUGGAUACUGGAUCAUCGGACGGACCUCAUAGCCCAUCAACCCGACGCUCAGCUGUAAUCGGUCAUUUCCUCUUCCGUUCUUCUGCUUUGGUCAUAUAUAUACUAUGCGCUUGGUUUACAACGUCUUUCGUUCUUCCGUUUAUCUUUAUACUUGUUUGCUUAUCACUCGAUUUUUGGGUUGUAAAAAAUAUUUCUGGACGCAUCUUAGUUGGCUUACGUUGGUCAAGUUAUACCGAUGACGCCGGAGUGGUACAUUGGCGAUAUGACUCACGUAAACCUUCACCUAUAGAUUCUGCUGAUGUUUCCUCCCUUAGUCGGCGUGAAUUGGCCGCUCGUAUGGCUAGACAACAAUUAUCUCGUUUAUUUUGGAUGGGUUUAAUUGGAAGUCCAGCAAUAUGGUGUGUAUUUUUCUUGGCGUCAUUAUUUUCACUGCAUAUUCGUUGGGCUUUUGUUUGCACCAUCGCAUUGUGUAUGAAUAUAGCGAAUGUUUAUGGUUAUAUUCGUUGUUGGAUGUCUAAUAUGAAUGAAAGUGAAUCAAAUAUUUUGA